AAGAGCCGGCUGAGCCUGGGCGCCCGGCUGCUCACAGAGGCGGCACUGGCCGGGAGAGCGACUCGGGCGCGCUUUGUGGCCGGCUGUCCCCUUGUCGGUCCGGAUAGUCCCCCGGAGGGGCGCAGAGGGAGGAGGCAUCGCGCUCGCCAGCCCCCCGCCAUCCUCCCCUAGCCCGGGAAGAAUGUGCCACCAGCUGUUCUCCGCCCGGGAGCGCUGCGCCCUGGAGUGAGGAACUUGGAGGAAGAAGAGACAAAAGGCUGCAGUUGGGACGGAUGAGUUAAGGACUUGGGUUUGGGCAAACAAAAGGUGAGGAAGACGUGCCGGGGAUCAGGCGAUGGCAGCGGAGGAGCCCCGCGGGCUCGAGUUCCCGGGAGUCGCGCCGUGACACGCAUGGUUUCCCGGGACCUGCUGCGCUGACUUCCGCGAGCCGCAGCCGCCGGGCGGGCUGGGGAGUGCGCUGGAACAAUGGACAACUUCUUCCCCGAGGGAACACGGGUCUGGCUGAGAGAAAAUGGCCAGCAUUUUCCAAGUACUGUAAAUUCCUGUGCAGAGGGCGUCGUUGUCUUCCGGACAGACUAUGGUCAGGUGUUCACUUACAAGCAGAGCACGAUUACCCACCAGAAGGUGACUGCUAUGCACCCCCUAAAUGAGGAGGGUGUGGACGACAUGGCCUCCCUGACAGAGCUCCAUGGAGGCUCCAUCAUGUAUAACUUAUUCCAGCGAUAUAAGAGAAAUCAGAUAUAUACUUACAUCGGCUCCAUCAUCGCCUCGGUGAACCCCUACCAGCCCAUCGCCGGCCUGUACGAUCGCGGCACCAUGGAGCAGUAUAGCACGCAUCACCUGGGCGAGCUGCCUCCGCACAUCUUUGCCAUUGCCAACGAGUGCUACCGCUGCUUGUGGAAGCGUCACGACAACCAAUGCGUCCUCAUCAGUGGUGAAAGUGGUGCAGGUAAAACUGAAAGCACUAAAUUGAUCCUCAAGUUUCUCUCGGCCAUCAGCCAACAGUCUUUGGACUUGUCCUUGAAGGAGGAGACAUCCUGCGUUGAACAAGCUAUUCUUGAAAGCAGCCCCAUCAUGGAGGCUUUUGGCAACGCAAAGACAGUGCACAACAACAAUUCCAGUCGUUUUGGGAAGUUCGUUCAGCUGAACAUCUGCUGGAAGGGAAAUAUUCAGGGAGGAAGAAUUGUGGAUUAUUUAUUAGAAAAAAACCGAGUAGUAAGGCAAAAUCCUGGGGAAAGAAAUUUUCACAUAUUCUAUGCGCUGCUGGCAGGGCUGGAACCUGGGGAGAGAGAAGAACUUUAUUUAUCUGUGCCAGAAAACUACCAUUACUUGAAUCAAUCUGGAUGUAUAGAAGACAAGACAAUCAGUGACCAGGCAUCCUUUAGGGAAGUUAUUACGGCAAUGGAAGUAAUGCAGUUCAGCAAGGAGGAAGUUCGGGAAAUUUUGAGGUUGCUUGCUGGUAUACUACAUCUUGGCAACAUAGAAUUUAUCACUGCUGGUGGGGCACAGGUUUCCUUCAAAACAGCUUUGGGCAGGUCUGCAGAGUUACUUGGGCUAGACCCAGCACAGCUCACGGAUGCUCUGACCCAAAGAUCAAUGUUCCUCAGGGGAGAAGAGAUCCUCACGCCUCUCAGCGUUCAGCAGGCAAUGGAUAGCAGAGACUCCUUGGCCAUGGCACUUUAUGCACGCUGCUUUGAGUGGGUGAUCAAGAAGAUCAACAGCAGGAUCAAGGGCAAAGAUGAUUUCAAAUCUAUUGGCAUCCUUGACAUCUUUGGAUUUGAAAACUUUGAGGUUAACCACUUUGAGCAGUUCAAUAUCAACUAUGCAAAUGAGAAACUUCAGGAAUACUUCAAUAAGCAUAUUUUUUCUUUAGAACAACUAGAAUAUAGCAGAGAAGGACUCGUGUGGGAAAACAUUGACUGGAUAGACAAUGGAGAAUGUCUAGACUUGAUCGAGAAGAAGCUUGGCCUCCUUGCUCUUAUCAAUGAAGAAAGCCAUUUUCCCCAAGCCACAGACAACACCUUGCUGGAGAAGUUACACAACCAACACGCGAAUAACCACUUUUACGUGAAGCCCAGAGUUGCGGUCAACAAUUUUGGAGUGAAACACUAUGCUGGAGAGGUACAGUAUGAUGUCCGAGGCAUAUUGGAGAAGAACAGAGACACCUUCAGAGAUGACCUUCUGAACCUGCUAAGGGAAAGCCGGUUUGACUUCAUUUAUGACCUCUUUGAACACGUCUCAAGCCGCAACAACCAGGACACGUUGAAAUGUGGGAGCAAGCACCGACGACCCACAGUCAGCUCACAAUUCAAGGACUCCCUGCAUUCCUUAAUGGCAACGCUAAGCUCCUCUAAUCCUUUCUUUGUUCGCUGUAUCAAGCCAAACACACAGAAGAUGCCAGACCAAUUUGACCAGGCAGUUGUGCUAAACCAGCUGAGGUACUCAGGGAUGCUGGAGACAGUGAGGAUCCGCAAAGCAGGGUAUGCAGUCCGAAGACCCUUUCAGGAUUUUUAUAAAAGGUAUAAAGUGCUCACGAGGAACAUGGCUUUGCCAGAGGACAUCCGAGGGAAGUGCACUGCGCUCCUGCAGCUCUACGAUGCCUCCAACAGCGAGUGGCAGCUGGGGAAGACUAAGGUCUUCCUUCGGGAAUCCUUGGAGCAGAAACUGGAGAAGCGGCGGGAGGAGGAAGUUCACAGGGCAGCCAUGGUGAUCCAAGCCCACAUCUUGGGCUACUUAGCACGAAAGCAAUACAGAAAGGUCCUUUAUGGUGUAGUGACAAUACAGAAGAAUUAUAGAGCCUUCCUUAUGAGGAGGAGAUUUUUGCACCUGAAAAAAGCAGCCAUAGUGUUUCAGAAGCAACUCAGAGGCCAGCUUGCGCGUAGAGUUUACAGGCAAAUGCUGGCAGAGAAACGGAAACAAGAAGAAAGGAAGAAACGGGAGGAAGAAGAGAAGAAAAAGCGGGAAGAAGAAGAAAGAGAAAGACAGAGAGCACGAAAAGAAGCUGAGCUCCGCGCCCAGCAGGAGGAAGAGGCAAGGAAGCAACAAGAACUGGAAGCCUUGCAGAAGAGUUGCAAGGAAGCAGAGCUGACCCGGGAACUGGAGAAGCAGAAGGAAAACAAGCAGGUGGAGGAGAUCCUGCGUCUGGAGAAGGAGAUCGAGGACCUGCAGCGCAUGAAGGAGCAGCAGGAGCUGUCCUUGACCGAGGCCUCCCUGCAGAAGCUGCAGCAGCUGCGGGACGAGGAGCUGCGCCGCCUGGAGGACGAGGCCUGCCGGGCGGCCCAGGAGUUCCUGGAGUCCCUCAACUUCGACGAGAUCGACGAGUGUGUCCGCAACAUUGAGCGGUCCCUGUCGGUGGGGAGCGAGUUUUCCGGGGAGCCCGGUGAACUUGGGGAGAACGCGAGCGCAGAGAAGCCCAACUUCAACUUCAGCCAGCCGUACCCCGAGGAGGAGGUGGACGAAGGUUUCGAGGCGGGCGACGACGCCUUUAAGGAUUCCCCCAACCCCAGCGAGCACGGCCACUCGGACCAGCGAACGAGUGGCAUCCGGACCAGCGACGACUCCUCGGAGGAGGACCCCUACAUGAACGACACGGUGGUGGCCGCCAGCCCCAGCGCGGACAGCACGGUGCUGUGCGCCCCGGGCGCGCCGGACAGCACCAGCCUACAGGACUCCACCAGCCUGCAGGACUCCUCCAGCGGAGAGUCCACCUACUGCCGGCCCCAGGGCACCGGCGACCUCCCCUCCCCCGACGGAGACUAUGACUACGACCAGGACGACUACGAGGACGGUGCCAUCACCUCCGGCAGCAGCGUGACCUUCUCCAACUCCUAUGGCAGCCAGUGGUCCCCAGACUACCGCUGCUCCGUGGGCACCUACAACAGCUCUGGAGCCUACAGGUUCAGCUCCGAAGGGGCGCAGUCCUCGUUUGAAGAUAGCGAGGAGGACUUUGACUCAAGGUUUGACACUGAUGAUGAGCUUUCUUACCGGCGAGACUCUGUGUACAGCUGUGUCACACUGCCUUACUUCCACAGCUUCCUGUACAUGAAAGGUGGCUUAAUGAACUCCUGGAAACGCCGUUGGUGCGUCCUCAAGGAUGAGACCUUCCUGUGGUUCCGCUCCAAGCAGGAGGCCCUCAAGCAAGGCUGGCUGCACAAAAAAGGUGGAGGCUCCUCCACACUGUCCAGGAGAAACUGGAAGAAGCGCUGGUUUGUCCUCCGACAGUCCAAGCUGAUGUACUUUGAAAAUGACAGUGAGGAGAAGCUUAAGGGCACUGUGGAAGUCCGGACGGCCAAAGAGAUCAUAGAUAAUACCAGCAAAGAGAAUGGAAUUGAUAUCAUCAUGGCCGAUAGAACCUUCCACCUGAUCGCCGAAUCACCAGAAGAUGCCAGCCAGUGGUUCAGUGUGCUGAGUCAGGUCCAUGCAUCUACAGACCAGGAGAUCCGGGAAAUGCACGACGAGCAGGCAAACCCACAAAAUGCUGUGGGCACGUUGGAUGUGGGGCUGAUUGAUUCCGUGUGCGCCUCUGACAGCCCUGAUAGGCCCAACUCAUUUGUAAUCAUCACAGCCAACCGGGUGCUGCAUUGCAACGCUGACACGCCUGAGGAGAUGCACCACUGGAUAACACUGCUGCAGAGAUCCAAGGGGGACACCCGGGUAGAGGGCCAGGAAUUUAUCGUGAGAGGAUGGUUGCACAAAGAAGUAAAGAACAGCCCAAAGAUGUCUUCACUGAAACUGAAGAAACGGUGGUUUGUCUUGACGCACAAUUCCCUGGAUUACUACAAGAGCUCAGAGAAGAACGCACUGAAAUUGGGCACCCUCGUCCUCAACAGCCUGUGCUCUGUCGUGCCUCCAGAUGAGAAGAUUUUCAAAGAGACAGGCUACUGGAAUGUCACUGUCUAUGGGCGCAAGCACUGCUACCGGCUCUAUACCAAGCUACUCAAUGAGGCCACCAGGUGGUCCAGCGCCAUUCAAAAUGUGACUGACACCAAGGCCCCAAUUGACACCCCCACCCAGCAGCUGAUCCAGGAUAUCAAGGAGAACUGCCUGAACUCAGAUGUGGUGGAGCAGAUCUACAAACGGAACCCGAUCCUUCGCUACACGAAUCACCCCCUGCACUCCCCACUCCUGCCCCUCCCCUACGGGGACAUCAAUCUCAACUUGCUCAAAGACAAAGGCUACACUACUCUUCAGGACGAAGCUAUCAAGAUAUUCAACUCCCUCCAGCAACUGGAAUCAAUGUCUGACCCCAUUCCCAUAAUCCAGGGCAUCCUACAGACAGGGCAUGACCUCCGGCCUCUGCGGGACGAGCUGUACUGUCAGCUCAUCAAACAGACAAACAAGGUGCCACAUCCUGGCAGCACAGGCAACCUGUACAGCUGGCAGAUCCUGACAUGCGUGAGCUGCACCUUCCUGCCCAGCAGGGGGAUCCUUAAGUACCUCAAGUUCCACCUGAAAAGGAUACGGGAACAGUUUCCAGGAACCGAAAUGGAAAAAUACGCCCUCUUCAUCUAUGAAUCUCUUAAGAAAACCAAAUGCAGAGAGUUUGUGCCUUCCCGGGAUGAAAUCGAAGCUCUAAUCCACAGGCAAGAAAUGACGUCCACAGUGUACUGCCAUGGCGGAGGCUCCUGCAAGAUCACCAUCAACUCCCACACCACAGCUGGGGAGGUGGUGGAGAAGCUGAUCCGGGGCCUUGCUAUGGAGGACAGCAGAAACAUGUUCGCCUUGUUUGAGUACAAUGGGCACAUGGACAAGGCCAUUGAAAGCCGAACCAUCGUAGCUGACGUUUUAGCAAAGUUUGAAAAGCUGGCUGCCUCAUCAGAAGCAGGGGACUUGCCAUGGAAAUUCUACUUCAAACUUUACUGCUUCCUGGACACAGACAACGUCCCAAAGGACAGUGUGGAGUUCGCAUUUAUGUUUGAACAGGCCCAUGAAGCAGUAAUCCACGGCCACCACCCAGCCCCUGAAGAAAACCUCCAGCUUCUCGCUGCCCUGCGGCUCCAGUACCUGCAGGGGGAUUUUACGCUGCUCGCUGCAGUCCCACCUCUGGAAGAGGUUUAUUCCCUGCAGAGACUCAAGUCUCGCAUCAGCCAGUCGACCAAAAGCUUCACCCCUGGCGAGAGGCUGGAGAAGAGGCGGACAAGCUUCCUGGAGGGGACACUGAGGCGGAGCUUCCGCACCGGCUCUGUCCUGCGGCAGAAGAUCGAGGAGGAGCAGACGCUGGACAUGUGGAUUAAGGAAGAGGUCUGCUCUGCUCGAGCCGGUAUUAUUGACAAGUGGAAGAAAUUUCAGGGAAUGAACCAGGAGCAGGCCAUGGCCAAGUACAUGGCCUUGAUCAAAGAGUGGCCUGGCUAUGGGUCGACGCUCUUUGACGUGGAGUGCAAGGAAGGCGGCUUCCCCCAGGAGCUCUGGCUGGGCGUCAGCGCAGACGCAGUGUCUGUCUACAAGCGUGGGGAGGGGAAGCCUCUAGAAGUGUUCCAGUAUGAACACAUCCUCUCUUUUGGGGCUCCCCUGGCCAACACAUACAAGAUCGUGGUUGAUGAGCGCGAGCUGUUAUUUGAAACCAGUGAGGUGGUAGAUGUGGCCAAGCUCAUGAAAGCCUACAUCAGCAUGAUCGUGAAGAAGCGCUACAGCACCACACGUUCAGUGAGCAGCCAGGGCAGCUCCAGGUGAAGACCAGUGAACCCACGUGAUUUUGAUACCUGACCGCGCUACCCUCCGACCUAGGCCAGCUCCAGCAUUCUGAUCCAACCCAAGGCAGAGCUGCCCAGGCUUUCUGGAAGCCCUUCAUCAGAGGGAAGAGUUUCUGGGGGUCCUUUCACUCUAUCAACUUCAAUGAUCAUGUAUUAGCUGUCAACCUUAACAGUCUGCACAAUUUCCAAAGCUUUACUACUCUUAGAUGACAUAUGCCUUAAAAAAGAAAGAGAGGAGAAAAAAACCAUGCUGCCACCAAAGCAGCCAGAAGUGCCUUAACUUGUAGAACCAACCCUAAUGGACCUUAACUGUGCUACUGAAGGGAAGCGCUUCCCUCUUUUGGGGGGAGACUUUGCAGAGCUUGGAAGCGGGGUGUCUAUCCAUCAAUUAUGCACUAACCUCCCAGCCUGAUUCCCUGAAAAUGAGGGAAGGUGAGGGAGUGGGGAGGGGAGACAAGAGUGGAAGGAGACAGUCUGUGUUAGUUGGAGCGCUGCUGGCAGCCUUCCUCGUGGAUGUGUAUUAACUUUUUGCUUUGUUUCAUCUUUUAAGUGUGUAUGCUUGCCCGUGCAUGCAUGUGUUCAUAAACUCAACACUUUAAUCAUUGUUUCAUGAGCAUUAAACACAAAGGGAAAAGGAUGUGCAAUGGUGUAAACAGUCUGUCUGUAUAUUUUAAUAGUUUCAGAGUUAUAGUCAUCAGUCCAUACUUUAUAAGGUGGAGUUCCAGAAUUCUGGAGUUUCCUGUCUUUGCUGUAUUUCAUAAAAAACAGGUUUUUGACUCAGUUUUGUUUUACAUGUAGCAAAGUCUGCAAUCUGUGUCUGCUGUAUUACAAACAGAUCUGCAGCCUACAAGAUAAGUGUAUUUAUAAACCACUCUUAACUGCUGGCUUCAGUGCUGUUUUUAGAACAAUAUGAAGUCAUUUUGGAGUCUUGCGUUUCUAAGAGUUAAUUUUUUUUUUUCUUUAAAUGUUAGCUUGUAUCACUCUGGAUAGAUUGCAGAUAUAACCAUGUUGAAUAUGGGGGAAAGCUGCUGCAUUCCUGAAAGGUGUAACACGUGAGCCAAUGCUUAAAACACCCUGACAUUAAAUGCUGAGACUUUAAUAAAAUAUACAUGUAUUUUGUCCCAACUUUAUAAUGGUGGUCUGAAUAAGGCAAUCAACAAUUUUUGUUUGACCAGAAGAAAAAUAAUCUGGACUUGGACCUUUAUUUUUAUAUGGAAGUUAUAAAGAGUUGGACCAACUAAGUCCAUUCACAAAGAAAAAUUAAAUUUGCCUUAUCCCUUUAUGGACAACUAUGUGAAAGUGCUGUUUGUUGGCUCACAGAAAGUCUGACAAUAAAAGAUACUAGCUAA